UUGGGCUUCCAUGACAGGAUUCCCCUUGGCAGACUCAGGCAUUUCAGAAGUGGCUCAGCUCCGACUGGUGAACGGCCCGAGUCGCUGCGCUGGGAGAGUCGAGGUGCUUCACGACGAGCAGUGGGGAACCGUGUGUGAUGACACCUGGGAUUUAACUGAGGCCAGAGUCGUGUGCAGGCAGCUGGGCUGUGGGACGGCGUUAUCGGCCCCACGUGAGUCUCGGUUUGGACAGGGAUCUGACCGUAUCUGGCUGGAUGAGGUUAACUGCACAGGGACAGAAGCUGCCCUCUCCGAAUGCAAGGCUCGGCCUUGGGGAGAGCAUAACUGUAACCACGUGGAAGAUGCCAGUGUUGUGUGCUCAGACUCUGGCAUUUCAGAAGUGGCUCAGCUCCGACUGGUGAACGGCCCGAGUCGCUGCGCUGGGAGAGUCGAGGUGCUUCACAACGAGCAGUGGGGAACCGUGUGUGAUGACGGCUGGGAUUUAACCGAGGCCAGAGUCGUGUGCAGGCAGCUGGGCUGUGGGACAGCGUUAUCAGCCCCACGCGGGUCUCGGUUUCGACAGGGAACUAAUCGUAUCUGGCUGGAUGAGGUUAACUGCACAGGGACAGAAGCUGCCCUCUCCGAAUGCAAGGCUCGGCCUUGGGGAGAGCAUAACUGUAACCACGUGGAAGAUGCCAGUGUUGUGUGCUCAGAGUCGGUCAUUCCAGACCCAGGUCCUCUCCAACUGGUGAAUGGCCCCAAUCGCUGCGCUGGGAGAGUCGAGGUGCUUCACAACCAUCAGUGGGGAACCGUGUGUGAUGACGGCUGGGAUUUAACUGAUGCUGGAGUCGUGUGCAGGCAGCUGGGCUGUGGGACGGCGUUAUCAGCCCCAGGGCGGGCUCACUUUGAGAGAGGAUAUGACCGUAUCUGGCUGGAUGAGGUUAACUGCACAGGGACAGAAGCUGCCCUCACCGAAUGCAGGGCUAGGCCUUGGGGAAAGAGUAACUGUCACCACGGAGAAGAUGCCAGUGUUGUGUGCUCAGACUCAGCCCUUCCACACCUGGCUGAAGUGCGACUGCUGGACAGCCCAAGUCGCUGUGCUGGGAGAGUCGAGGUGUUUCACAACCAGCAGUGGGGAACAGUGUGUGAUGACGGCUGGAACAUAACCGGUGCCGGUGUCGUGUGCAGGCAGCUGGGCUGUGGGACGGCGUUAUCAGCCCCAGGGAGGGCUCAGUUUGGACAAGGAUCUGGGCCAAUUUGGCUGGCUGAGGUUAACUGCGCAGGGUCAGAAGCUGCCCUCUCCGAAUGCAGGACUAAGUCUUGGGGAGACCAUAACUGUCACCACAGAGAAGAUGCCAGUGUUGUGUGCUCAGACUCCGAUAUCUCAGAAGUGGCUCAGCUCCGACUGGUGAACGGCCCGAGUCGCUGCGCUGGGAGAGUCGAGGUGCUUCACAACGAGCAGUGGGGAACCGUGUGUGAUGACAGCUGGGAUUUAACUGAGGCCAGAGUGGUGUGCAGGCAGCUGGGCUGUGGGACGGCGUUAUCAGCCCCAGGAAGGGCUCAAUUUGGGCGAGGAUCUGACCGUAUAUGGCUGGACGAUGUUCAGUGCAAAGGGACAGAAACUGGCCUUUCCGAAUGCAGAGCUCGGCCUUGGGGAGACAAUAACUGUCACCACGGAGAAGAUGCUGGUGUUGUUUGCACAGACUCUGGCAUCUCAGAAGUGACUCAGCUGCGAUUGGUGAAUGGUUCGAGUCGCUGCGCUGGGAGAGUCGAGGUGUUUCAUAACAAGAAGUGGGGAACCGUGUGUAAUGACAGCUGGGACCUACAGGAUGCUGGAGUUGUGUGCAGGCAGCUGGGCUGUGGGACGGCGUUAUCAGCCCCCGCCGGGGCUCACUUUGGGCAAGGAUCUGACCAUAUCUGGCUGGAUAAUGUCAGCUGCACAGGGACAGAAGCUGCCCUCUCCCAAUGCAGAACUAGGCCUUGGGGAGACAGUAACUGUACCCACGAAGAAGAUGCCAGUGUUGUGUGCUCAGACUCAGACAUUUCAGAGCAGACUUCGCUCCGACUGGUGAACGGCCCAAAUCGCUGCACUGGGAGAGUCGAGGUGCUUCACAACCAGCAGUGGGGAACUGUGUGUGAUGAUGACUGGAACCUACAGAAUGCCAGAGUCGUGUGCAGGCAGCUGGGCUGUGGGACGGCGUUAUCAGCCCCAGGCAAUGCUCACUAUGGGCGAGGCUCUGACCCCAUCUGGCUGGAUGACGUUCACUGCACAGGGACAGAAGCUGCCCUCACCGAAUGCAGGGCUCAGCCUUGGGGAGACAAUAACUGUCACCACAGAGAAGAUGCCAGUGUUGUGUGCUCAGACUCAGACAUUUCAGAGCAGACUCAGCUCCGACUCGUGAAUGGCCCAAAUCGCUGCACUGGGAGAGUCGAGGUGCUUCACAACCAGCAGUGGGGAACCGUGUGUGAUGACAGCUGGGAUUUAACUGAGGCCAGAGUCGUGUGCUGGCAGCUGGGCUGUGGGACGGCAUUAUCAGCCCCAGGCGGGUCUCAAUUUGGGCGAGGCUCUGAUCCCAUCUGGCUGGAUAACGUUCACUGCACAGGGACAGAAGCUGCCCUCUCCGAAUGCAGGGCUCGGCCUUGGGGAAUCCAUAACUGUCACCACGGAGAAGAUGCCAGUGUUGUGUGCUCAGACUCAGCCAUUCCAGAGCAGGCUCCAGUCCGACUGGUUGAUGGUUCUAGUCUCUGCGCUGGGAGAGUCGAGGUGUUUCACAACCAGCAGUGGGGAACCGUGUGUGAUGACCGCUGGGACAUAACAGAUGCCGGAGUCGUGUGCAGGCAGCUGGGCUGUGGAACGGCGUUAUCAGCCCCUGGAAGAGCUCAGUUUGGACGAGGAUCUGACCGUAUCUGGCUGGAUGACGUUCACUGCACAGGAACAGAAGCUGCCCUCUCCGAAUGCAGGGCUCGGCCUUGGGGAGACAAUAACUGUCACCAUGGAGAAGAUGCUGGUGUCGAGUGUUCAGGCUCAGGCGUUUCAGAAGUGGCUUCGCUCCGACUGGUGAACGGCCCGAGUCGCUGCGCUGGGAGAGUGGAGGUGCUUCAUAACCAGCAGUGGGGAACUGUGUGUGAUGAUGGCUGGGGCUUGUCCGAGGCUGAAGUUGUGUGCAGGCAGCUGGGCUGUGGGACGGCAUUAUCAGCACCACAUGGGGCUCACUCUGGACAAGGAUCUGACCAUGUGUGGCUGGAUGAGGUUCAGUGCACAGGGGCAGAAGCUGCCCUCACCGAAUGCAAGGCUAAGCCUUGGGGAGAGCAUGGCUGUAACCCCGGAGAAGAUGCCGGUGUUGUGUGCUCAGAUCAGGGCCAGCUGAGGCUGCGGCUGACAAGUGGCCCAAGCUCCUGCUCCGGGCGAGUGGAGGUGCUGAUUAACGACACCUGGGGUGCCGUGUGUGACGCCGGCUGGGGCCUGCCGGAGGCGGGGGUGGUGUGCAAGCAGCUGGGCUGCGGCACGGCGCUGUCGGCCCCAGGUGUUGCUCAGUUCGGUCACGGGGCCGGCGACGUCUGGCUGAAGGGCGUGAGCUGCUUGGGCCAGGAGUCUCUCAUCACUGAGUGCCAGCUGAGCUGGCUGGGUCCCGGGCUGUGUGGCCGUGGCUCCGAGGCCAGCGUGGUGUGUGCUGGGCAGGCCGGCUCUGGGCUGCUCUGGUCCGUGCUCCUCAGCCUGGGUGCUGUCGUGGUGCUGAUCUGCGGGGCCCUGCUCUGCUGGAGGAGGCGUCGGGGCAGAGCUGCUAGGAACCCCCUGGGCCAUGUGCAUCUGGAGGAGCUGGAGGCUCCAGGUACCCCACCCCAGACCCAGGAAGUGGCAAAUCCAGAAACCCCCGAGGAGACCGACAACGAGAUGACCUGGCUGGUGAGGGAAGACGUGGUGCUGUGAGAGCCGCAUGCCAGCCAGGCUGGGCUGGGCUCAGCCUGCAGUGAGAGACGGGCCAGUGGGAUCCUGCACAGAGCAGCCCCGGGGCUGCCAGCUGCCUGGGUUGUGGGGACGCUGAUGGGGCUCCUCUGGGGGCUGGGGCUGGGAGUCUCCGCUCCCCCUGUGGAGCCCCUGGCUCCAUUGUCCCCCGCAGCUCACCUGGAAGGUUCCCUGCUCCACCCCACCCCCAGCUUUCCCUGGUGUAGCUCCCAGCAGCUCCCAUGCCCAUCCCUGAGUAGCCUGUGCCCAGUCAUGCAGACAGCAUGUGGUGCGCCAUGCAGAACCAUUGUCAGGUGCACAGGACAGCCGGUUCCGUCCCCACGCAAUGACCAUCCCAACAUUUAAAUGAGCUAUGGGGAGAGACUGACUACGGGUGUCUGCCUGUGCCCGAUGCGCCAGACCCUGGUAAAGCCUGGUGUUCUUGUCUGUCUGUACCCAAUGCCCCCUGAACUCGGGGCACCAGGCCCCAUCUGUCUGUCUGUCUGUGCCAAAUACACCCUGAGCUCAGGGCACCAGACCAUGUCUGUCUGUGCAGCAGCCAGCCUGGGCCCCCAGUAAAUGAUGAUUACUACAGUUUCUAGUGUGUAGAUAAGGUGCAGAACUGAGUGCAGCUGCAGGAUGGUGCCUUGCUUAAUGGAAAGGAAUGGGUUAGGUUACAGAUACAGAGAGCUUCCCUCUAACCUUCCCAAAUUCACUCCCCGCUCUGUCCUAGCCCCUCAGUCCUUCCCCGUCCCCUCCUUGUGCUGUAUAAACACCCUGAAGUAAUACUACACAGCUAGACCUGGAGACGGCAGUUGCAUCCAGACACGAGCCCCACUGCACAUUUCACAGGGGAUGAUGUUCGGGAACAACCACAUUAUUCCCCCUUCUCUUUGUGUGAGUAGCAUAUUGACAGCUGAAACCUUUCUGAUUUCUUGUAAUUCCCAAAAGCUUCCACAAGGUGUCAAUGGCUCCCCACUCCUCAAAAUGCCCCACUCUCACCCCCUCUGUAGUAGGAUGACCGUAUGUCCUGUUUUGGCAGGGACAGUCCCCUUUUUCAGCUCUGUUCUGGCCGUCCCUACUUUUUCACUAAAACUGGACAUUUGCCCUGAUUUGUGAAGGCAGCGCUGCCCCCCGGGCAGCAGUCCCCGCUCUCCGGUGGACACUACAGGCAGUUAUUAUGGCUAGGUCAACCUAGGACAGCUCUUCACUGCUUGCAUUACAGGAUAGUGAGGAGUUUUCUUAAAAGGAUUGAACCUCAGCAAUGUAUAAUCCCUUCCCAAGGAGCCUGGUGUUCUGGUAAAAUGAGUGUGCUGCACACAUUAAAAUGGUGCACUCUUCCCUGAGCUCAGUGACUGCAGUCGUGACUGGUCUUUGAGUAGGACGCCCGAAGAGUAGGGUGACAGAGUAGAGAGCUGUGGCUGCUGCCAGGGGGAUCAGCUCUGAAGGCAGCGAUGCCCGCCAGCAGCAGCAGAGAAAUUUGCUGCUGUCAGGCGGUGCUAAUUUCAGACUUGGCCCCCAGGGAAGCAUCCCCACUUGCUGGCUGCAGGGCAGAGCAGAGAAGUAAGGGUGACAUGGUAUUGCCACCCUUACUUCUGCGCUGCCUCAGAGUCUGAGCCUUCCUUACUGUGAGGCUCACUACAGAAUGCUUUGAGCAACUUAACGGGAGUCUGUACAGAAGCACUAAAUUAAUUUUCUUAUCAGCUCAGUGCAAGGUCAGCCCCAAGAAAGUAGGAACUGAUGGGCACAGAUCAUGGCUACAUGGAUUGUCAGCAUCCGCAGGGUUGAAGGGUGUCGCAUGCGGGUCAUCCGAUGGGGUUGGUGGCAGUGCUCUAAUUCGUAAAGGCUGAUUUUUACUGGUUGGCUGAGUUGUAGCCACAGGCUGAAAGCAGCGAGAUGGUCUCUUCCCAGCUCCAGUGUUUGCCUCGCUUGGGAGCCUGAGUGUUGAGACAGUGUGAAAUAGGAAGGGCUUUUAAUUGCACAUUUUGUGGCAGCUAAGAGUCCCCCUGAGCCAAACAGGCUGCCUGCCGUAUAGGCAGAGUGCUGUGUUCAGCUGCUGGGCUGGGCCAGUGUUCUGAGAGAGCCCUGUGAAGGAACACUUGCAAAUCAAUUCUACCCUGGUGCUUCAGUAGCGGAUUUACCAGGCCAUGGAGAUCUCUGGUGUAAACCCUUCGACUUGGAGAU